AUGACAGCAACCGACAUUCAAGGCGUCAAACGAGGAGCCGUGGCGUGUUUGCAAGGAGAUGCCUUACAACACUAUCAAGCAAUCACCUGUCGCUGCUUCGAUGUUGGCAGCGACAUCUUGGGCGCCCAUAAUUUCUAUACCGCUACUUCGGACUUGGGCGAUUUUAGCAUCACACGACUGCAGGAGGUGAUCCUAGCAUCUGAUGAUGCUCACCUCUGGUACCAGCCAUGUGAAGACAUACAUCUAAACAUUCACGAGGAUAUAUAUUCAUACCAUCAAACUCCGAUCCAGACCAACUGGGGCCUUUUUGAUUGGUACGUUCGCAUUGCCAGUUAUACACCUCUGACCCCUGGCUAUGCGAUCCGAUUAGCCCGCUCACACUCGACACCUUAUAGACCGGACCAAUAG